AUGGGUGUGUAUGGAGGCUUAGGGCCCAUGACCAAUGCAGUUCUCUGGGUUGAGGCUGUUGUAUUUGCCGUCUUUGUAGGGCUAAGGCUCUAUACGCGAAAACACAUUCUCAACUCCGUUGGUCUUGAUGAUUAUCUAGUUUUGAUUGCACUGGUUCUGCAAAUCCUUUACACUGCCUUUGUCACAGUAGCAAGCAUUUACGGCCUCGGGCAACUAUACGCUGAUGUCGGUGAUCCAGUCAUCUAUUUUACGGCUGUCAAGUAUGAGCUAUUCAGCCAGGUAGCUGGAAUAAUGGUCAUUGGCGUAGGCAAAGCGGCUGUUGGUGUGUUCCUUCUUCGAACUGUGCGGAGUAAAAGUCAGGUCUGGUUUAUCUGGGCUUGUCUUGCAAUCACUGCUUUUAUUACGCUUUUCGCCAGCAUUACUGUUAUAGUGCAGUGUAUUCCAGUUGAGAGAUCUUGGAACCCAACUACGCCAGGCUAUUGUUGGCUCGAUUUUUCCAAGGUUGGUUACACUGUUGGAUCAUGGUUUGUCGCCGCAGACUUCUCCUUUGCGAUUCUCCCAUGGUUCAUUGUCUGGGAUCUCAAUAUGAAACAGAAGGAAAAGAUCACCGUUGCCUGUGGUCUCAGUCUUGGAGUAUUUGCUGGAGCAUGUGGCAUUAUCCGCACAAAAGCCCUGGGAGGAUUAAAUGCAUCGGAGUACAUAUAUGAUACGGUACCAAUGCUCAUCUGGUCCGCCACCGAGAGCUGCGUCACGAUCAUGUGUUCGUCAAUCCCCGUCCUCCGUCCCCUCUACAUCCACGUCAAAUAUGGGAAAAAUGGCAAGAGCAGCUCUUCAGGUGACAGCUCCUAUAGACUGCCAUUGUAUGGCAGUGGUGGAAGGAGCACUUUUUCGAAAUCCGGCCAUGAAUCUUCAGUCAACGAGCGGAGUACUACUCAUCACACCACCGUCAUGAAGGAUAGAACAGAGAACGCUAGCAAUGAGAAUAUUCUUCGGGGUGCUGCGGGCAUCGAAAGGAUAGAUGAGAUAUCAGUGAGUUAUCGGCUAUUCGGGAAGGAAGCCUAGGGAAGGGUUCAUGGAUGAAUUCUCGUUUCUCUCUUUCGGGGCAUCAUAUAAUGGCUUCUCGACCAAAGGCCAUGCAAUUUUAAUGUGGAAAUUUUGUUCUCUUGUAUCCUCU